UUUCCUGUGUGCAGACAGAGCGAGAAACGGAGAAAGAGAGAGGGAAAAAAAAAGACCUUGGCUCACUCAUUCUCUGACCAGUUAUCUCCACAUUCACAGCUGCCUUUCUCCCCAUUUCUUCUCUGCGAGGGGCUCGCAGAACGGAUGGCCUAUAUUGACAUGAGAGUAGGCGUUUGGCUCCAUAGAACAUUCUAGAAGAUCUUGGCCUUUUUUUGUGUGUUUUCCAUUUGUGGAGGUCACUGAAUGAAGGCCAUGUGGUGUUUCGGUUCUCGGCUAUGAACAUUAACAAGCCUGUGGAUCAGUUCCAGGACUGGGUUUCCUAUUUGAACAUUAUCUUCAUCUAGGUCCUUCUGUUGGCCAUCUUGGUGGCACACCUUGUGGACUUUUUGACCACGUCACACUCUUCUCAAGAAAGGAGUGAAAACCUUGUUGGGGAAAAAGGUUGGGGCUGCAAAACCGGUGCCAUUGCAAACAUGUGAAAUAUUGCUGGCACUCCUACCAGGCUCAGUAUAGGCUAGCCUUCAGGAUUUGCCAAGACAUGCAUUUUUACACUCAGACAUUUCAGUAUCACAUUUUUUGAUAAACACCCAACCCAAUCCACCAACAAAAUCCCACUUUGUUCUUAGUACUGUUAUCUGACAGAACACGUUGCACAAGAGCUGGACAGUUGAGGCCUGCUAGUGAUCAGCUUGGCUGAGGAGGAGAUGAAGACAGUGUCUGAUGUGGUUGAAGGGAUGGAGGUAUCAUUACCACCAAAAGUUCCUGAUGUAGGAUCAGCAGAAGCAACACUGAUUAGUCCAAAACAGAAAGCAUCCAGUCCGCUUCACUCCUCUAAUGGCCAUUCACCAUCUGACACAUCUCCCAGUGGUGUCAAGAAGAAAAAGAAACCGGGCUUAGUCAGCAGCAAUAAAGAUCAAUGUGAGCUAAGACAUGGUCCCUUUUACUAUGUCAAGCAGCCUGCACUCACCGCAGAUCCUGUUGAUGUUGUGCCACAGGAUGGGAGGAAUGACUUCUACUGCUGGAUGUGCCAUCGUGAGGGCCAAGUGCUCUGCUGUGAGCUCUGUCCACGUGUGUACCAUGCCAAGUGCCUCAAACUGGCUGCCGAGCCUGAAGGCGACUGGUUCUGUCCAGAGUGUGAGAAAAUAACAGUAGCAGAAUGCAUUGAGACACAAAGCAAAGCUAUGACUAUGCUGAAUCUGGAACAGCUGUCCUACCUGUUGAAGUUUGCCCUGCAGAAAAUGAAGCAGCCGGGGACAGAGCCUUUUCAGAAACCCGUCUCUCUGGAGCAGCAUCCUGACUACGCAGAGUACAUCUUCAACCCAAUGGACCUGUGCACCUUAGAAAAGAAUAUCAAAAAGAAGAUUUAUGGUUGCACUGAGGCAUUUUUGGCGGAUGUGAAAUGGAUCCUACACAACUGUAUUAUUUAUAACGGAGGGAAUCAUAAACUUACUGCAACAGCAAAGGUUAUCGUCAAGAUCUGUGAACAUGAAAUGAAUGAAAUUGAAGUUUGUCCAGAGUGUUACUUGUCAGCUUGCCAAAAGAGAGACAACUGGUUCUGUGAACCAUGUUCUCAGCCCCAUCCUCUGGUGUGGGCUAAGCUAAAAGGUUUUCCCUUCUGGCCUGCUAAAGCUCUGAGGGAAAAAGAUGGCCAGGUCGAUGCACGUUUCUUUGGCCAACAUGACCGAGCCUGGGUGCCCAUUAACAACUGCUACCUCAUGUCAAAAGAGAUUCCUUUUUCGGUGAAGAAGACUAAGAGCAUCUUCAACAGUGCGAUGCAAGAGAUGGAGGUUUAUGUGGAAAACGUACGCAAGAAACACGGCGUGUUUAAUUACGCUCCAUUUAGGACGGCAUAUACGCCCAACAAUAUGUUCCAGAUGCUGCUGGACCCAAGUAACCCCAGGAAAGGUACAGUUGUGCCAGAGAAACAGGACAAAAUUAAGUUCAACUUUGACAUGACUGCAUCUCCCAGGACAUCCCUGGCUAAGAAUGUCGGGCACAGGAUGAGUGACAUGCCCAGGUCUCCAAUGAGCACCAAUUCCUCAGUACACACAGGAUCAGACCUUGAGCAGGAUCCAUCAGAGAAAGGAACAAGAGUCCCGUCUAACCACUACAGUACUGGAGAAGACUCUAUGGAUUGCACAGCAUCUCCAGCAUGCCUGAAGACCACUGGUAGCCCCAAACCCAUCCUACCAAUACCUCUUAAACAUGAGAAACCACAGAAUACAGCCAGCAUCCUCAACCUUAAUCUUGACCGCAUUAAGGCAGAAAUGGACCUGAAGGAGCUGAGUGAGACGGUGCAGCAGCAGCAAGGCCCAUCUGUACUCCUUACCUCCCCAAAGAAGCCCACUAGAAGUCUGGAUAAGACCAUAGAGAGCUGCAAGGCUCAACUAGGCAUUGAUGAGAUCUCUGAGGUGUUCCAAGGUGUGGGUCACAGUGAUUCUGAUGAUUCUGACAAGUCUGACACCAGUGACAGCGAGUAUAUGAGUGAAGAGGAACGGGAUCUGAAAAACGAGACAAAGAGGGAAGACCAUGAGGACACUGUGUUUAAAAACAAAAAAAGACCCAGACCUAUAUCUGCACACCCACCCAACAGUAAAAAUGCCAGUGAGAUGUUGUCCCCCGAACCUCCUCUAAAAAAGAAGGAUAGUGGUGUUCCGGAGAAGGAAGCCCAGGAAAAGCCCAGGGCAAGCCAACAGACACAGUCACACAGAGAGAGACAUUCAGCUGGGCGUGAGGGAAAGGCUGGGGAUGCAGAUUCCGACUCCGAAAGAGAGCUAGUGAUCGACCUUGGCGAUGAACAUGGAGGAAAAGAGAGGAAGCGACCAAAGCGAGAGAUCUCCAACUCUUCGACCAAAGACAAUGUAAUCGUCAAAACUGAAGGAAAAACUCAGGCCUUUGCGAGCCCAUCAGUCUCUCCAUCCACAAUACCUUCUGCUUCAUCUUCUAACCCCAGCACAAAAGAUUCAACCCAGACAGUCUCAAAGCCAGCAAACAACACCUCCGCCCCACCACCCACAUCUGCCAGCACCACAUCUGUACCAGCAACUUCAUCUGCAGCAAAUUCCUCUGCUUCUACUGUGGUGAAGAAACAGCGCCCUCUGUUGCCCAAGGAGACAGCUCAGUCUGGUCAGGCAUCUGUGGUUUGGAACCAGACUGGGAAUAAGAUCCAGACAUCCUCACCAAAGUGGCAAAUGCAGAAGGUUCAGAAGCAGCCACAUGGCUCACAGUCACAAAGUCCAUCAUCUUCCAGCAAUGCUUCCAGCACGCGCUACCAGACUAGACAGUCUGCUAAAGUUCAUCAAAAGGACCCCUCGUCUGGAUCCUCUAGUUCAGCCCUAGCUGGAGACUUUCUCAUCCCCCCUGCCUCUGCUGAUGUAGCAGCUGACAUUGCUAAGUACACUUCUAAAAUAGUGGAUGCUAUUAAAGGACCAAUGACCGAGAUAUACAACGACCUUUCCAAAAGCACUACAGGAAACACUAUUGCUGAGAUUCGAAGGUUAAGGAUCGAAAUUGAGAAGCUCCAGUGGCUGCAUCAACAAGAGCUAUCAGAGAUGAAACACAAUCUGGAGUUGACCAUGGCAGAGAUGAGGCAGAGUUUGGAGCAAGAGAGGGAGAGGCUUGUGUCGGAGGUGAAGAAGCAAAUGGAGGUGGAGAAACAGCAGGCUGUGGAUGAAACGAAGAAGAAGCAGUGGUGUGCCAACUGUAAGAAGGAGGCUAUUUUCUACUGCUGUUGGAACACCAGCUACUGUGAUUAUCCUUGCCAACAAGCGCAUUGGCCUGAACACAUGAAAUCCUGCACGCAGUCAGCCACGGCAUCUCAGCAAGAGCCAGAGGAGGAGGCCUCUGCAGGUUUAGUACCAAAAACAUCAGGACAAUCACCCAAAACCCAACAUUCACCAUCAGCCAGCAAAACUUCUCCAGCACACAAAACUCCCUCCCCCACAGCCGACAACACUAAAGCGCCACAGUCUCUGUUUCCUAACUAGAAACUCAUCAUUUCUCUAUGGACGCUAACCAGGAUGCUUUUGGACUGGGGUCUGCAAGCUUUGUUUUUCUCCUCUUUUUCUUUUUUUCAAAACUCAAAGCAAAGACACAAUCUUACACUCCUUAACCUGCCCAGUUCACUACACCUGAGGAUGUAAGAAAGUGGUUCCUUUUUUUAUAUAAUAUAUAUAUCCAUUGCUAAGUCAUUUAAUGUUUUUUUAGUCUAUAUAAUGUUGCAUUGUACAAAGGCUAAAACUUUCAUAUAAGAUAUGCUUAUUAUGUAAUACUGUUUUUUUUACACAGAAGUGUGUUUUAUACAGUGCAGAUUGACGUAAAUUUGUCUGCUCAGUAAUUUUUAUGUACCCGCUGCACUUACUAGUGUCUCCAGAGAGAUGGUUACAUUAUUCUAAUUUAUUUUAUAUUUUUUUGGAUGGUGGAUCUUUUAAAGCAUGGUGAGAUUUAUUAAUUCACAUCAUGUUAAAGUUUGAGUUUCACUACAUCACCAAUCAAAGACAUUCUAUGUUAGCCAUCUUACUGAGAUCAUUCAGUCUGCAGAUAUUGCUUGAUUUAAAGCUGACGAAAGCAGAGUGAUGGAGGCUGUAACUGUAUUUGACUUCAGGUUUUUACUUGUUUACAUACUGUAAAUAAUUAAAGAAUUAAAAGGAGACAAAUAUCUGUAAGAAAAAAUAAUACCAGCUCUCAUCAAAAUUAAAAUCAUGAACAGUCA